CUCCCUGUGACGUCAUGACCGCAGCAUCAGCUGUUAGCUCCGCUUGAAACCGUUUCGCUGCCGAUCGCCGCCUGCACGAAGGAAAUAUAUGAGAUCCCCUCGCGUCCCUGAAAUGGCGACACAGGAGGUACAGCCGAACGAGACUCUGACCCACCUCAAAACGGAGUCGGACACCCUGAAGACGAAGCUGGAGGAGGAACGAGCGAAGCUGCACGACGUCGAGCUACAUCAGGUGGCAGAGAAGGUGGAUGGGCUGGGUCAGUUUAUUAUGAAGACCCGAAGAACUCUGAAGGGACAUGGCAACAAAGUUCUGUGCAUGGACUGGUGUAAGGACAAGAGGAGGAUCGUCAGCUCCUCACAGGAUGGAAAGGUGAUCGUUUGGGACGCUUUCACCACCAACAAGGAGCACGCUGUGACAAUGCCUUGCACCUGGGUGAUGGCCUGCGCCUACGCCCCCUCCGGCUGUGCCGUGGCUUGUGGGGGCCUGGAUAAUAAAUGUUCAGUGUAUCCUCUCUCUCUGGACAAGAAUGAGAACUUGGCUGCCAAGAAGAAAUCGGUGGCCAUGCACACAAACUAUCUGUCGGCCUGCAGCUUCACCAACUCAGAUAUGCAGAUCCUGACGUCCAGCGGGGAUGGAACAUGUGCAUUAUGGGAUGUUGAGAGCGGGCAGCUGUUGCAGAGUUUCCAUGGACACGCUGCAGAUGUGCUCUGUCUGGACUUGGCCCCCUCUGAGACUGGAAACACGUUUGUUUCAGGGGGCUGUGAUAAGAAGGCCAACGUGUGGGACAUGCGUUCAGGACAGUGUAUUCAGUCUUUUGAAACUCAUGAAUCAGACAUAAAUAGUGUGCGAUACUAUCCAAGUGGAGAUGCAUUUGCUUCUGGCUCAGAUGAUGCUACGUGCCGGCUGUAUGACUUAAGGGCAGACCGAGAAGUGGCUAUUUAUUCUAAAGAGAGCAUCAUAUUUGGCGUGUCCAGUGUUGAUUUCUCUCUCAGUGGACGGUUAUUGUUUGGAGGCUACAACGACUACACCAUCAAUGUUUGGGAUGUUCUCAAAGGGACACGCGUCUCCAUUCUGUUUGGCCAUGAGAACCGGGUCAGUACCCUGCGCGUUUCUCCAGAUGGGACGGCCUUCUGCACGGGUUCCUGGGACCACACUCUUCGGGUCUGGGCUUGAGGAUGAAGACGCAGAGGAUUGAAUGGUAGACAGACCUUCUGAAGACACCAACAUUUCUGUUUGCUAGAGUACAAUCACAGAGAUAGAAACUCAGCCUUGGUUGUACGUAGUGCAUAUCAAUAGCUUUGUAUAUACUCCAGUCUCAUGGCCAUCGUAAAUUGACAUAUUUUAGAGACUAAUCAAACCAAAUGGCACGCUUAUAUUACAGGAUGAUUGAAAGAAAAUUGCACAAACGUACUUAUGGUUGCAACUUAAGAUGUUAAAUGUAUAUUGCACAAAAAUAACUAGAAUAGAAGUGUCACAAUAAAGUGAUGUGUUGUAAGCACCGACAUAAAGGAUAUUAUUUUUUGAUUUAUUUGUUGUUUCUUGCACAAAAGAUUAUGAAAGAAUGCCGUCUGAAGAAGAACAUAGGAUUCUAGGAAAGAAUAUGAAGGCCUCAGCUUCACUUGACUUGCUUCAAUUUUUUAUGCCGCAGAACAGUUGGAAUAUUAGGGAUAGUAAGGACAAUUUGAUUGUCUUGUAGAAAUGAAUCGAUAGUUCGAAGCCAUAUGACUGAGCAUUGGCAUAAUAUAGUAAUGAACGAAAGUACAACUUUGUAGUUUAUGAGGAUGAUAUAGGACAGAAAUAGAUUUGAUUCCACACCCUGUCCACCCAACAAGCCUUGACAGCAUCUCAGCUGCCGAUACUAUCCUGAUGUAAAAAGCAGCACAUAUUUAAAGAUAAAUCUAAAAUAUAUACUUUGUAAUUUCCCUCCCAAAUUAUUUAAAAAGAUGGUUUACCUCCUAUGUGUCUCUUUCCAGCUGUUGUUACCCACUUACUGCUCUAUGUGGACACUGCAAUUAGACUCUGUGGUCCCUUGCUAGAUGUAUAAAUAUUAAUGCAUAUGAAUAAAAUAACAUGUUCUAGAAUGUACUCUUAUCAAGCAGUUGUCCAAUGGCUGUAAUUUAAUAUUUACGGAAAUUAUUUCAUUGUAGUUUAGUGUAGUUAUUAAAGGGACUGUUUAUCAAAGUAUUACCAACAUAAUAAACUGAGUUUUGAAUAUCA